AUGGCCCAAAACUCAGGAUGGAUGACGAGAGCCUCUACGAUCACUCCGGUAGUUCACUCAGUGGCUUUGGACCCAAACAACUCCAUAGCUGAGAAUAUGGCCACUCUAAUGAUACAAAUGAGUAACCUCACAAAGAAGAUUGAUGAAUCAUGCCAGAAGCAGCAGGUUCACAUAGUUGACGCAACUAAUGGGGGCUUAUGUACACCAUACAUUAACCAACCAUAUGUUUGCUCGUGGAGUGUGGAAGGUGACAACCAGCACUAUCAGGAAUAUAUAAAUUAUGUAGCCAACUAUGGGGGACAGAGGCAACAAAAUCAGCAGCUGGCUUAUCAACACCCUCAGCAACAACAGAUUGUGAGACAAGAUGAUGGGUUCACUGAACUUAAGGGAAUGCUGGACAACAACAACCGUAUGUUGCAACAACUGAUUGAGUCCUCUGAAAAAAUGCAAGAGAGAGUAGACUCACAUGAAUCAACGAUAAAGGGUAUUGAGGUUCAAUUAGGACAAAUUUCUAUGGAUCUAAACAAUCAUCCCCAAGGGACGUUACCUGCAGACACACAAAUCAAUACAAAAGAUCAGGGCCCGAAACAGCUUAUGGCAGUGAGUCUACGAAAUAGUAGAGACCUAGAUCUGGAGCAAGAGAUUGCUCGUGAAAGCCGACCUACUGAAACAAUUGUGCCAGUACCCAUUGAGAUCGAUAAAUUAACAGGGUUAACUGAGGUGAUGGUACAACAUGCACAAGAGAGCACAAGCAAACAAAAAGAGGUUGCGAAGGAGACUGAGGUAGCACAAGAAACGACAGUAGAAGCAGUGCCUGAGCAAGAUAAAACUCAAAUCAUAGGAAAGAAGCGACCUCCAACACGAUUCCCGCAGAGAUUAGCAAAAUAUCAGAAGGACGAGCAAUAUAAGAAAUUCAUGGAGAUGUUGAAACAAAUACAAGUGAACAUUCCACUGAUUGAUGCGUUGCGAGAGAUGCCUAGGUAUGCCAAAAUGAUGAAAGAUUUAAUGUCUCGGAAAUUCGACUUUCAAGACCUGUCCACUCUAGCUGACCGGACAGUGAAGAGGCCCUCUGGUAUUCUUGAUGAUGUAUUAGUCCAGGUUGGAAAGUUUGUGUUCCCAGUAGAUUUUUUUAUUCUAGACUGCCGGGUUGACGAGGAGAUUCCCAUAAUUUUGGGAAGACCAUUCUUGGCCACUAGGAGAGAUUUAAUUGACUGUGAAACUGGAGAACUCAAAAUGAGACUAAAUGAUGAAGAGAUAACAUUCAACGUGCAGAAAUCUAUGCGGCGACCGAAUGAAUUUGCUAACUGCUCUCUAAUAGAAGUCGUGGAUGUAAUUUUGGAGGAGGAAGAUGAGACCUUGAACUCUAAAGACCAUCUAGCAGCCUGUCUCUUGAACUUAGAUGAGGUAAAUGGAGAGGAUUUGGCGGAGUGGGUGCUGGCUCUUGAAGGCCAAGGGUUUUGGAAAAGAGAGCUCAAAUUUGAGCCUUUACACUUAGAAGAAAGAAAAAUUCCUCCAGCUAAGCCAUCGAUAGAAGAGCCACCAAAGUUAGAAUUGAAACCGCUACCACCUCACCUCAGGUAUUGA